CUCUCUCGCAAAAACCCUCUCUACUCUCUCACUCUCCCCGACUGCUCUCUCACAAAGCGUUCCUCGCUACUCUCUCUCAACCCGUUGCGUCCUCUCUCUCACAAACCCACAAGCGAGGAUCAAUUCGCAAGAUUUCAUCUUCUUCAACAAGGCAUGAUGGGUCUGUCUCUUGGAGAGAAGAAUUACAUAAAGGGUGGGAUUGCGGAUGAUCUUCGGUGUGAUGGUCGUAGGAGAUUAGAUUACAGAUCAAUUGCCAUUGAUACUGGAGUCAUUCCUCAGGCAAAUGGUUCUGCAAGAGUCAGAAUGGGUUCAACUGAUGUUAUUGCUAGUGUGAAGGCUGAACUUGGAAAGCCUAGUUCAUAUCGACAUGAUUGUGGGAAAGUUUCAAUUUUUGUAGAUUGUAGUCCUACGGCAGCACCAAUGUUUGAGGGUAGGGGAGGGGAUGAACUCUCAACAGAGCUCUCAGUUGCAUUGGAGAGAUGUUUAUUGGGUGGUAAAAGUGGGUCAGGUGCUGGAAUCGAUCUCUCUUCUUUGAAAAUUGUGGAGGGCAAGAUGUGUUGGGAUCUAUACAUUGACGGGCUUGUUAUUAGUUCGGAUGGGAAUCUAUUGGAUGCAUUGGGUAUUGCAAUCAAGGCUGCCUUGAGCAAUACAGGCAUACCAAAAGUUGAAGCAAUGCCUGGCACCUCUGCAGAAGAGGAACCUGAGAUUGACAUCAGCGAUGAUGAGUUCACUCGUUUAGACUCAUCGAAGGUUCCCAUCAUCGUGACUCUUACUAAGGUUGGGAGGCAUUACGUUGUUGAUGCGACUAUAGAAGAAGAAUCACAAAUGAGCUCGGCAGUCUCGAUGUCUGUGAACAGGCAAGGAGACGUCUGUGGGCUCACCAAGCGAGGGGGAGCAGGCCUCGACCCCAGCAUUAUCAUUGACAUGGUUUCUGUUGCCAAACAUUUGAGUCAACAACUCAUAGCAACUGUUGAUUCUGAAAUUUAUGCUGCUGAAGCUCGCGAGUCUAGUGCUUAGUUGAUGUGAUCAAAUCUUCGGCUGGAUUUUGUAUGUGUUUAGCAGAGUUAAUGAAUUAUAAUUCAAUGAUUUCUAAAUCUAAAUCUCGGGACUGCGUCUUGGGGCUGAGAAACAAGCUCCAUUUAGUUUUCCUUUGUUAGCUUCUCAGGUCAGUAUGGAUCUGGUGCUGUAGUUCUGCAUCCUGUUCCAGUUAAUGAUUGAUAAUUCAAUGAUAUCCAAAUUUAAAUCUCA